AUGGUCCGUCACUCAUUUUUCCAACUUGUCGUCCUUGUCACCCUUUUCCUGCAGGUUCGGUGCAGCCCCUUUGCCCUCCAGAAAAGAGGCGCCUGUGCUACUGAAGACCCCGAUGCGGAUUUCUUGCAUGAAGUAAGGCGCCUCCAAUCGGAUGAAGCCGAUCCUGCUGGUUCGCAGGCCAGGACGGCUCCGAUCGAGAUCGAGACCUGGUUCCAUAUCAUCAGUAGCAAGUCGGAGUCCACCCAGGUCACUGAUGACAUGAUCAAUUCCCAACUUUCUAUUCUACAACAAUCUUAUGCAGAUUCUGGUAUCUCCUACCGAUUGCAAGGUGUGACUCGUCAUGUCAAUGAUAAGUGGGCAAGCAAUGCGGAUGAUACGGCAAUGAAAACGACCCUUCGAAAAGGAAGCUACCGAACAUUGAAUGUUUACUUCCAAACCGAUCUCCAGGCCUCGCCUGGACAAGCAGGACGCGCUUUUGGACACAGGGGUGCAGUCACCAACAAUGACCUGGCAUCGAGCGUUCUGGGAUUCUGCACCCUGCCUGAUCCGAGUGUCAAUGCUAGUAGCCCGGCUUCUCACUAUAUCAAGGAUGGCUGCAAUGUUUUGGCCAAAACAAUGCCCGGUGGCUCCUUGGAUCUCUACAAUCGAGGUGGGACUGCCAUUCAUGAGAUUGGACACUGGAAUGGCCUUUUGCACACAUUCCAGGGGGAAUCUUGCUCAGUAGAUAAUCCUGGUGACCACAUAAGUGACACGCCACAGCAGUCCACCCCGACAGAUGGGUGCCCUGACCGGAAGGAUUCGUGUCCGGACUCCCCGGACUGGACGCCGUCCACGACUUCAUGGAUUAUUCAUCUGAUGUAUGCUAUGAGAACUUCACACCCGGACAAGGAGAGCGCAUGCGGAGCUCUGUAUGGAGUCCAUUUGAAGCGAUAG